CUGGGAUAUGUCAGUGUAACCUUCCGCCUGCGGUAGAUGUGCUGAGGCUGGAGUAGCCACCAUUUUGCAUGUCUAGUGUGUUCCUCCCUCCAUUGCUAAUAGAGACGAUUCCAGUCCUUUUCUGGCAUCAUUACGGCUAAGAAUGCCAGCUCCGAUCAGACUGCGGGAGCUGAUCCGGACUAUCCGGACAGCCCGGACCCAGGCAGAGGAGCGUGAGAUGAUCCAGAAAGAAUGUGCUGCUAUCCGCUCGUCCUUCAGAGAGGAAGACAAUACAUACCGCUGCAGAAAUGUGGCAAAGCUACUUUAUAUGCACAUGUUGGGCUACCCGGCACAUUUUGGGCAGCUGGAGUGCCUGAAGCUGAUUGCGUCCCAGAAGUUCACUGACAAACGAAUAGGUUAUUUGGGAGCUAUGCUGCUGUUGGACGAGAGGCAGGAUGUCCACCUACUAAUGACAAAUUGCAUUAAGAAUGACUUGAAUCACAGCACACAAUACGUCCAGGGCCUGGCCUUGUGCACUUUGGGCUGCAUGGGUUCUUCAGAAAUGUGCCGUGACCUGGCUGGGGAGGUAGAGAAACUGCUCAAAACAUCCAACUCCUACUUGAGAAAAAAAGCAGCCUUGUGUGCAGUUCAUGUCAUCAGGAAGGUUCCAGAACUUAUGGAAAUGUUCCUUCCAGCCACAAAAAACCUGCUAAGCGAGAAGAACCAUGGUGUUCUCCAUACAUCAGUUGUCCUCCUCACUGAGAUGUGUGAAAGAAGUCCUGACAUGCUGGCCCACUUCAGAAAGAAUGAGAAGCUGGUUCCACAGUUGGUGAGAAUCCUGAAGAACCUAAUUAUGUCCGGAUACUCUCCUGAGCAUGAUGUGUCAGGCAUAAGCGAUCCUUUCCUGCAGGUGCGGAUAUUGAGGCUACUGCGAAUUCUAGGCAAGAGUGAUGAUGACUCCAGUGAAGCAAUGAAUGACAUUCUGGCACAGGUUGCAACGAACACAGAGACAAGUAAAAAUGUAGGCAAUGCAAUUCUGUACGAGACUGUGCUGACAAUAAUGGACAUCAAGUCUGAAAGUGGACUAAGGGUCCUGGCCAUUAACAUCUUAGGUCGGUUCCUUCUUAACAAUGACAAAAAUAUAAGAUAUGUGGCAUUGACAUCUCUACUAAAGACGGUACAGACAGACCACAAUGCAGUGCAGAGGCACCGGAGCACCAUUGUGGAUUGUUUAAAAGACCUGGAUGUGUCAAUCAAGAGACGUGCAAUGGAACUGAGCUUCGCCCUGGUGAACGGCAACAACAUUAGAGGCAUGAUGAAAGAGCUGCUCUACUUCUUGGACUCCUGUGACCCAGAAUUCAAAGCAGACUGUGCAUCGGGAGUCUUUCUAGCUGCAGAAAAGUAUGCCCCUUCGAAGAGAUGGCACAUAGACACUAUCAUGAGAGUCUUGACAACAGCCGGGAGCUAUGUGCGAGAUGAUUCUGUUCCAAACCUCAUCCAGCUCAUCACAAACAGUGUGGAAAUGCAUGCCUACACAGUACAGAGACUUUACAAAGCACUGCUGGAUGACAUAUCACAGCAACCGCUAGUGCAGGUGGCAUCCUGGUGUAUAGGAGAGUAUGGGGACCUGCUGGUAUCUGGACAGUGUGAAGAGGAGGAGCCCAUCCAGGUGACUGAGGAUGAAGUCUUAGAUGUGCUGGAAGGCCUUCUGGUGUCCAACCUUUCCACACCUGUAACCCGGGGUUAUUCCCUUACUGCUAUCAUGAAGCUGUCCACUCGAUUCAGCAGUGUCAACCGAAUCAAGAAGGUGGUUUCGAUAUAUGGCAGUAGCAUUGAUGUGGAGCUUCAGCAGAGAGCCGUGGAGUACAAUGCGCUUUUCAAGAAAUACGACCACAUGAGGCCAGCUCUUCUAGAGCGAAUGCCCAUUAUGGAGAAAAGUGCUACUAAUGGCCCCACAGAGAUUGUACAGACGAAUGGGGAAACGGAGCCCUCUGUUAUGGAACAAAAACAUCCACCGCCUGUCACACAGCCAACCAACCAGGCUAAUGAUUUGUUAGACCUGCUGGGUGGUAAUGAUGUGGUGCCAGUAAUCCAGACCACAAUGCCCACUAAACCUGCGUCAGCAGGAGGAGAGCUGCUUGAUCUGCUGGGUGACCUCUCACUAAGUGGCGGCCCAGCACCUGCUCCUGCUCCCUCUGUGCCCACUUCCCAACCCACUUUCCUUCUGGAUGGCCUGUCCUCACCGCCCCUGUUUAAUGACAUUGCAGCUGCAGCUAUUCCUCCUAUGACGGCAUACAACAAGAAUGGUCUGAAAAUAGACUUCACUUUUGAGAGAGCUAAUCCCAAUCCAAACAUCGCGGUCAUCACCAUCCAUGCUUCCAACUCAACAGAGGCAGAUAUGACGGACUUUGUUUUUCAGGCUGCAGUACCAAAGACAUUCCAGCUGCAGCUCCUCUCCCCUAGCAGUAAUGUCGUUCCAGCACUCAACCAGGGAACUGUCACACAGGUCAUCAGAGUCCUCAACCCACAGAAGCAACAGCUACGAAUGAGGAUCAAGCUGACGUACACCUUCAAAGGCUCACCUGUGCAAGACCUGGCUGAGGUUAAUAACUUCCCCCCUCAGUCCUGGCAGUGAUGAGCUCCUUCUGUUGCUCUUUAAAGCCCAUCCCCCCACCAAGGGAACUAUGAAAACGAUUUUCCUUUCACCUCCCUCCUUUCUUCCAACGGAUCCCCCUGUGACGUCACUGCAGUCCGCUGCCCUCGAGUUGCAUGGGAAGCAGCAGAGCAUCUAACACAGGAGAAAAAUACAGAUGUUACAAAGACCCUACUGACUAUUGACAUCACCUGAAUAAUUGGGAAAACAUAUCAAUCAAUGAACUUUCUCUUUUCUUUUUUAAUUGGUUUCCAUGAUCUCUUAGCGCAGUACUAUUUUUCACAUGCACCCUCUGCCCAGCACCGCCACCACUCACAAAAGCACAUAUGCACACCAUUCCCUGUGGUGCACUCAUCCUCUCAAGUCACUGUAGAGAAAAAUUGUUGCCCACUAUGACCACUGCAGUAACCAUAGUUUUAUUUUAAUUUAGAAUUAAGCUAAAAUGCAGUUAUUAUAUAUAUCAGUGGAGCACUUUGCUCCAUUGAUACUUAUAAUUGGCUUUGCAUUCAGGUUUUUAUAUGAACUAUCAGUCCCAUGAUGGCAGCAGAAAAAAGCUUUGAAAGGUCUUUUUAGUGAGGUCAUAAACUUGUUGGAUAACCCCUUUCUUGACUGUCUGUAUCACGAGUGACUUGUCAUAGUUGUAUUCAUUUUGAAUUACAGUAACUUGCUUAAAGCAUGCUUGAGCGUUGUUAGAUCACAGUCACACCUUGACACGAGCUUGGAAGGGAUUUUUCUGGCAGUAGGCUUCCUCCAAAUCCUAAAUUGCUUUAGAAAUAAGUGUACAUUAGUUUUGUCACAAUGAUGACCCAAGAUGCCCAAUUUGAACACCUGUGGCUAGUUUCAGAGAAUGUGCUCAGAUUUUUCCCACUCAGCUCCAUCUCAUCUGUAGCUUUAGUUUUAUAUCUGUGUGAUAAAUUCAACAGUUACUUGCUUUGCAUAGUUUGAGGAGGUUCAUUCGGUAGGAUGGAUGUAAUCCAGGCCUGAAAUUUAUGUGACGAUAAGCUGAUUGCAUUUGUGUUUGAUAUCUGCGUUUAACUUUUUCUGUCCUCACAGUUGAGCUUGCGGUUUAGAUACAUUUCAGUUUUGUUUAUCCUGGUUGAUCUUAGACACCAUGCAUAUACAUGUAAAUGAAGCUCGUUAUGAAUGUAGUUACAUGCACUGAAUGCUUUUUCCCCGCUCAAGUCUUCUUUCAUGGCUGUCUUCUUUGAUGAGGCCACUCAUCUUAUUGGCACAACUUUUGUGAAAGUAUUUUUUAUUUCUGCAGUAAUUUGAUUUGAUUAUUUAUGCCUGAUAUCUAAGUGAUGUGCCUUUCUGACUUAGCUAGAUAAAAGCCCCUGAACUAUUAAGUUCUGUAUGAGCUUCCUUUGUAAGCCUGCUUGUGUGCUGAUUGUGCUUUCAGUCUGAAGGAAAUGGUCCAGACAUAUUUGAAUUGGUAUAUCACUUCAUCUAGUUAAGGUUCACUUUUUCACAUCUGUAUGUCAUAAUAUGUUAAAAGCCAUCCACUAAUAUUGGCCUACCUGGAUGUCCACAGACAGAUGUCUUUUUGUCUAACAAAAACAUAAAUUAGAGUGACAUGAUCCUGAGUGUUCCUUCCCUCACAGUGUUUAGACUAUCCAUUUAAAAUGCCUGUUGGGUGUUAGUAGUCCGAAGUUCUAAAAACAAAAGCGAAGCUCAAAGAUUAUGGCAGCUAGAUAGAUGUCUAAGAUGUAAUAGAAGUAAACUUUUCACAAGCUGGCAUCAAUGUUUCAGGUGUUUUUAAAAAGCACCAUCAUUGAUAGAUGUUUAAGUAUGAGUUUGGAUCACUUGGUGAGGUAAUGGGAUUGGUUGUUCUGUGGAGGCUGUGAUUUCUUGGCUCUCGUCUUCUCCAAAUUAGAAUUCUGGCCAUGCUGUCGGGGACAGUAACCUUAAUACCUCACAAUGUUCUUUCUGUUAGCUGUUAGCUUUCAGUUGCAGUAGAUGUUUAGUCAUGAAUUACAAUCAAGGGGAGCAUCUGCAUGAGAGAAACUAAUGGUGGUUUGUACAUCUCAUUAUUUAACAAGCUUAUCAGCGCUGCAAUGCUGUGUUGAGAUCCUCAGAUGUUCAAUCAGGCUGUCUACUUCUUUUCACUAUGCUUCACUAUCUUCUAACUUCUGUGACCAAAUCAGAAAAACUAUUAGCUUUGGAAAUAUUUUUGAGCUAUAAUAUGUGUAUAUGGAGAAAAUUAUUUCAGUUUAACUUUUUUCUGUUGUUGACAAACGCUAUAUUGGCUUUUUUCUGUACAUAUUGAGGGCUUUUACAAUUUUGUCUCUUGUACUAUCUUUCAUCCUUUUUUUAGAUACCAUUUUCUAAAAAUUCCAAUUAUUCACAUAUGUAUAUUGUCUAAAUAGAUCUAGUCAACAUCAGUCUAUAAAGACUUCCCUGUAUCAUCACUCAUUCAUUGUAAAAGGUAUAUGAUCUGCUGCCUGUACAUUGUAUAUAGUUGUAAAACAAAAGCUGAUCAAAUUAAAUAAAACCCACGUGAAGACUUAAAAAAUUAGCUAGGAAGUAUAAUUGUAUGCAUAUAUGUACAAAAAAAAAUCUUAAAAAAAGAUGCAAUUGAACUGCAUUUGAUUUACUAUUCCCCAUGUUUCAUUCAUGAUCGGAUGUGUCAUCUUUGCUUCUUUUACAAGGGUAGUUGGUGAGUCAGUAGGCUACUUGUUGGGGUUCCUUUUGAUGUUGAAAUUAUAGUUAAAUCCAUCUUAACUGGUGUUUGAAUGAUACACUGUACUACUGAGAAAUCUAAGCACAGUGCUGCACAGCAGCCAAAGUGGCACCUUUUUUCCCAUCAGCUCCCCUGCCCCUCAAACGCCUCAUGUAUCCACACUCUCCUUUGAGGAGGAGUAGGUUUCUUGCCAAACUGUAACUCUUCCUUCUGGCCUUAUAUGUGUUUGUGUGUUCUGCAUUCUUGACAAUUGACAUCUAUUAAACUCUUUUGAAAUUAACAAAUUGAUUUGGGAAAUUAUGCCCUUUGGUCUUGGCAUGUUUGCUUUAAUUGUUGCUUGGUUUCCUUUUUGUCUGCCUGGCAGCACCUUUCUAAAAGCGUCAUGUCAACCAAGCAAGGCCACUGCUAGUUUCUUCCAUAUUAUGGUGAGCAGUAGUUUAAAUUGGCAUAUAUUUUUAAGGGGACAAGAGCUGAUAGAAGUUUUAUUGUGUGCAAAGUUGUUCCAUACAUGUAUGUUAGAGCAGCAGUGUCCUUCCCUUUGUCUAAUCAGUACAGAGCUUUCUUUUGGCUUACUUUCUUUACUUUCGCCCCUUAUCGGUGAUGUUAUUUGCCUCCCUGCAUGGCACACCUUUCAGCUCCAUGUAGUUUCAGAUAUGAAAGGUGGGGUUGUAAUACAUCAUGACAAACUGAUUUGCACCCUCACUACUUCAGAUUCAACAUAAUAUGGCAAGGUAUGAGGCAGGAAGGCAAUGGAUGGAGGGAUGUUUUGUUUUUUUUUUCUUUCUUGGUAGGACCUUUUAAGAUUUUGUGUUAAUGGAAUGCUGCCAGCCCCAGAACGCAACCUGGGACAAGCCCGUGCUUCAAGCUAAUAGCCACUAGGGGGAGCUGUGCAAAACGGAAGGCCGAUGGGAUGGGAAAGGAAGUUUCAUACAUCUAUUCUUGAAUGUUUUUGUUGGUGUUGUUUGUAUUGUCUUAUUCAAUCAGUACGUACCCUUGUUAAUCACAUCUGAUCAGUUCUUUCAAUGAUGCCGUAAUUCAUGCAGUUUUAAAUGUACAAAUGGAAAUGAUCCCAACAUUAAGUGCUUUGGACACUGUAACUUACUAAGGAAGAAAAGAAAUGGAAACAAAUACCCAUCAGCGGUGUGAUCAGCGUUUGAAGUGAUAUUAGUGUGUGUGUGUGUGUGUGUGUGUGUGAAUGAAUGUGUGUGAGAGACUGAGAGACAGAGCGAAAAUAAUCAUGCUUGAGAGAGCAUGAUGGUGUGUGAGACAUGUCUUUUAUCUAGAUAGGACAUGAUUUUUUGGCUGCAAUUUCAACUUUCAGCUUCAGAGCUGCAUGUGAAAACCAGUGUAAAUAAUGUCAUUUCUACUCUUGACCUGAGACUCUUUUUGAAAUGCAAGAAAAGUUCAAAUGAUUAAAAUCUGUCACACCAACCUCAUGGGUCAGUACUAACAUGUACAAUAGGAAGUUGUUCUGAUAGUACUCACAAUACUGUUGAUGUUUUUAAGAGGGUGAUAAAAGUGCAUCCGUCACUGGGAUAAAAUUGGAUAAUUGAGUUAUGUUUUUUGUUUUUUAUUUGUCAGGGUGAAUUCAGUGUGUAAAGGGCUUGGAAAAGCAUCUCAGUUGCAACCAUGUUCAUUUUCCCUGUUGAAUCAAAACAAUGCAUCCAUUGUAUUUUGAAGACAAAAUCUGUUUGUAACCCCUCAGGCCUGUCCUGACUGUAAAACAAUAUGGUAACUGAUUUGUUGGGGGAGGGUGCAGACAUGAGGUUCACUAUUUCCAGUCAAGUUUGACAUGUUGAACUGAAACCCAGUUCCAUGGCUUCAAGGUGAGUGUGAAUGUCAGACUGAAAGUAUGAAUUAAUGAUUAAAGAUGAGAAGUUGUAAACUAUUAAAUGGGAUAUUUUCAAUUUAUGCUGUGUAUUCUUGUCUUUGGGUUGGAGAAAAUGAUCAAGCGAAUAAAAAGUCAAAUAAAAAUCUAGAUGAAC